UAAAUACGGCAUUGCCCUGUUUUUUCUCUCCAUUCUAAUUUCUUAGAGAGAGAAACUUUGGAGAGAGAGAGUGUUGAGACAGGAUGAGGCUAGUACCUCUUAUUCACAUCAAUGGCUUUCAAGCCUUCCAUUUUAGAGUUGUCUUUGUUCAAUGGGUAAUAAGAAGUUUCUCAAUUACGAAAAUGUUGAAGCUGAGAAUGGGUAGUGUCGGCAAACUAUUGCAGCCCUGAUUGUUGCAGGGCGGAUAAUCUCAGAAUAAUGAUUGGUCUGCAAGAAUCAACAGUUCAAAACCCAUAUCGGCAUAACUUGUAUGUAUGGGUUUUGUUUUAAUUUUUGGAAGUGACGGCGGCGGCGGCGGAUUAUCGGCUGAGGGCCAGGGACGACGGCGGCGGUUCAGCGGCAAAGGACGGCGGUAGAGAGAGAAAGAAGAGAGGAAGAGAGAGGAGAGAGAAAGGAAAAAAAAAAAAAAUUUAAUUUCGGGUUUUGGGUUGGGUUCGGGUUGAGCUCGAGCCCAACCCGAAUAUGUUUGGGUUUUGACAAAACCCAACCCGAACAUGAGCCCGAUUUGUGAAUUGUAUGUCCAAAUUUCAAAAUUUAUGGGUUGGGGCUAGGCUAGGCUGGGUUAGCCCGCCUAAGUUGCAGCCCUAGUUUCAAGGACGGUCCCUAAAACCUAACUGGCCGUCCCUAAAACCUUAUUUUUUGGCACAAUCUCAUAAACUGUCCCUAAAAUCUUAGCUAUCCUUUUUUGACAUAGUUUAAAGAUUGUCCCUAAAACCUUAACUAGCCCGUCCCCAAUUCCACAAAAAAAUAGUGCGGCAACAUUUGGCACUUCAUUUUUUGUUUGGCACUACAAAAAUAUAAUAUAUAAAAUAAUUUUAUUUUACAAAAUAGGGCAUAAACUACGUCGUUUGAUCAUAUAUAUCAUUACAUCCGUAUACCUAGUCUUCAGUUCUGAACGCUCAAGCCCUCACGCCUCUUCCACUGUCUUCCAUCCUCUUCCACCUUCUUCCACUGUCGCAGAAGACAGAGUUCUUAAUCAAACAUUCUUUGGGCUUCAAUCUUCACCGAAUCACAAGAUUCAAUCUUCACCAAAUCUGGAGUAGGCUUGUGGUCUGAGUCUGAAUCGCUGUGGGAAAUACAGGUUUGCAGAAGCGAUUCUUUGUUGUUUCAAAGAGAAUCUCGGGCUUGGAGGAGGCUAUUAGAAUCAGGAGGUACUAUUGUGAUGGAACUUUAUAAACCCUUAUAUAUUCUGUUAUGUGUUCCUUCAGUCUCUAAUGUUAUGUAUGCUAAUGUAUCUAUGUUUGUGGUUCUGAUAUCGUAAUUGAUCUUGAUUUUUAGUGUUUUUGAUUUCUGUAAAUCUUUGUGUUUUUGCUUGAUCUGAUGGUCGAUGUAAUUUGGGAUUACACAUUCUUCGAAGAGAAUCUCGAGUUUCCUAAGAACUAACCAGUUUCGCACCGCCUCUUUGCCUUUCUAAAACGUUCCGACUUGUCACGCCGGCCAACCGACGAAGGGCGGACGAAUGAACAAGCCAAGGUUGACAACGUUCAACGGCGGCUACCGUUUGGUACGGUAUUGGUCAGAAGAUUCUUCUCUCUACCUCUUUGAUUUGUUUUUGUUCCAUCUAUUGAACAUCUGUUAUCUUUCUCUUUGAGAUCACGAUUGACUACAAACCACUUCUUACAAGGAUAUAUUUUGUUUUAAUCUAGUUUUUCUUCCAUUCAUUUUUGAAAUCUUUUUAAUAGGUCAGAAGUGUAUGAAUUCAUAUACGCACUUGUUUAAUUAGGUUAAUUAUUCAACGUCUUUGUUAAUUAUUUUUUUUUUCCCUCUCUCUAUAUAUUAAUAUUCCGCAAGAAAGUUCAAUUUACAUUAUAAACUACUAUGAUGUUGUUUGAUGGUUCAGUAUAUUUAGUUUUUUGAUUAUAUUCAUGUGAAUUAUUUGAUGCAUAUUUUGAUCUUGUCAACGCAGAACAUCCUUCAUAUUUUUAUAGUUACGAGUGAACCACACGUGGUGUGCAAAUGGGCAUACAUAAGAGGUAUACAACCUUCAAAAGAAGAUCAAACCCAUUUUGAUUUGUGAGAUAAAGCAUGCAAAUUCUUGAAGCAUACCAAAAUUGUGAGUAAACAAAAAUAAAAAAUACCCAAAUUAAUAAUAAUGAAGAAAAAUAUGGAGAGAAAUUAAACCUAGUAGUUCCAUCAAAGAGGGCAGAGGAGUUGACUUUGGCUGCCGGAGACAAUGAUGAUGUGGAAACUAACCUAGUUCCCUGAUCUCCAUCUCCCUAUAUUGAGUCAGUUUUAGGGAAAAAUAUACUACAUAAUUGAGUGUAAAUCAUCAUUUUUGUCAAGAAAAUUGCAAUGUAAUUUUUCACAAAUGUAAGAGAAGGAAAAAAAUGAAAAGAAAAAAAAAAAAAAGAGCAGUAGUACUACUGAUAAGGCUCAUUAGAAGUUUUCUAAACUCAUGGGAAGCAAAAGCAAUCUUCUUCUUUGCACUCUGUUAGACAGAUAAAUGAGUAUUACAAAAAAAGAAAAAAAGAAAAAUAAGAAGAAGAUGUGUUAGAAAAUAAAUGGCUGUCUAAUAAUGUCAAAGCAGUAAGAUGGAGUAGAUUAUUUAGAGAAGUUUCAUUAAUUUAAAUAAGUUCAUACAAAUUUCUUUCAAAGUUUGAUUUGGAUUGCUUUUACGUGGCUUUGAUGAUUAUUGAGUUGCAUACAUUUGUUGAAUCAUUGAGGAAGUAGAGUGCAGACAGAACUAGAAAUCUGAUGUUUUUAUUGUAGAACAAUUGAUUUACGGUUUUAAAAAUACCCCAUAAAAGGUACAAUUGUGAAUUCAAAUUUUCCUUGUUCUUGCGAAAGUGGGAAACAUGUGGACAGUUUCCAAGAGAAGCCAUAUGUAUGAAUACUUGUAUAGUGAGAAGUUUUAUAUAAGGAAGCAUUAUAUGUACACUUGUAUACUCACAAGGUAGCAAGCUUCUAAAGGGAAGGUUCUCACUUGGGUUGUAGGAGGACAUAUAUACAUUUAGGCAUAUGUAUUGUACAAAGAGAUGGAGAAAGCUGAGAGUAAUGAACUUGAUGCUGAAGUAUAUAUAGGGGUUAACAAAGAGAGAAAAAUAGAGAAGGAAAAUUGGGAAAAGAGGCUCAAAGAGGUAGGUUUUCCCUCUCUGAACCAUUUUUAAAAUUUGAUUUAUUUUGUUAAAAAUUUAGAAAAAAUGCUGCUAUUGUUAAUACUUUACGUGACCAGCUGAAUUAUAUUACCGAGCUUUCUCUUUUGAGUUACUUUUUGUUUAAAUUUCUCUUUAAGUAUUGGUUCUGUGCUUCAUUAAUUUGCAGCUUUGAUUUGGUUGACCAAAUUAAUUGUUAUAUUUGAGCAUUUACUUUUUUUUUUUGGGUUUAUGAUUAUAUUUAAUGUGAUCUAUUCAGUUAUAUUGCCAGUCUUUAUUUAUUGACUUCCUUUAGGUUUAUUAACAUCUAAUUAUUGAAUUUUUUAUUCAAUGGAAUUAUGUAAUAUGAAAUGAUUACUUAGAAUAUAUUCUGCAUAUGCUUGUUUAUUUUGAUUUAAUUUCACUUGAUUCUUCAUAUCAGCUUGUAAACUAAAUUAUGGACACCUCCGAGGAACCAAUGCGUAGAGUUUUUAGGUCCCGCAGGGCUGAAACUGAGCGACCAUCUACAAGUUCACCUGUUACACAACCGAGUGGAUCAGGUAAUGAUAGGAAUUCAACAAAUCAAAGAAUGGAAGGUCAUGGUAGUAAUGAGCAGAUGGGGCCAAAACCAAGUGGAGGUUCGAUACGAAAAGGGCAUGGAAGAGUAAAAAAUGAAGCCUUGCACAAAAUUAAUGAAAACAAUUGGCCGAUUCCGGUAGAGUUUGGAUAGGGUUAUAUUAAACCUAUUGGUUUAAAUAACAAAUUAUGGACGGCUGAGGUUGGCAUUAAUACACGAGAUACCGAAGCCCUUCUAAAGUAUAAAAUGUGGAGGGAUGUUCCAGAUUUUGAGAAAAAGGUCUGCUAUAACCAUUUGAAGGAGGUCUUUGGAGUGGAUGGAUAUGCGAAUGACACUGAUUUUAAGCGAGUAAAUAAGGAAAUUUCUAGCGCGUUGAGGAAAUAUAGAUAUAAAUUGAAGUGUCGUUUUGAAGAGCAUCUUCCAAUUGAGAAUGCACACCGCCAUCCUUACAAUGGUAUUGAUAAUGCUGUUUGGCAAAAAUUGUGUGAUACGUGGAUGUCACCAAAAUUUCAGGUCAAACUUAAAGAAAGGCUGAGCCAAGAAGAUGAGGACAGUGAAAGGGAUGAGGAUCCUGCUAUCCGUUUGUACAAGGACACGCAUUUUAAGGAACAAGGUGGAUGGGUACAAGAGAAAGCUAAGAGGAAUUUUGAUGCAAUGAAAGAAAAGGCUGCACAAAAUUCUCAAAAUUCUGGUGGUACGAGUCCAACCAUAAAUGAUGUUGAGAUAGUACAAAACCAACUAGGCAUAAGGAAGGGAUAUUGCCGUGGAUUCGGACAUGGUUUCGUGUUUCCAAAGCGUCAACAUGCCUCCUCAUCAUUGGAUGAGGCUUCUAGGAAAAGGACUGAAAUUGUUAAAGAAAGAAAUGUACAAAUGGCGGAAAAGAUGGAAAAACUUGAGAAGAUGCUUGAGCAGUACCAACAAUAGCAGCCACCAUGGUUCCUCCAAUAUCAGCAGCAACAGCAGCAGCCGCCACCAUGGUUCCUCCAAUUUCAGCAGCAGCAGUCGCCACCAUGGUUCCACAAACAACGGUCUCUAUCAGAUUCCCAACAGCAGCAAACCGCACCAAACUGGCAUCAACAGCCACCGCCACCUCCAGCAGACUCUCAUUUUUAGCAGCCGCCACCAACAAGAAGAUGACAAUAUCAGCAGCCGCCACCAAUAUGGUCGCACCAACAAGCACCACCACAACCACCAACAGAAUGAAUAAUAGAUCUUGAAGAGGAUGAAACAACUUUUUGUGCUGCUGCAUGGUUUUAGUUUUUGUUUAGAAAACUGGAGAUUUUAUGGAUCUUGAAUAUAUAUAUUGUGGAUUUAUUUUGUUU